GAAAACGGACCUAAAAUUACCAAACACAUACAGACAGCUAAAGGGACCCUCUGCCUUCAUCACCUCUGUAAUUCAUGGAUGCUUGAAAAGCUUCCCUUUUUUCUUUUGCUCAAAAGUACCCAUCUCUCUCUCUCUCUCUCUCUCUACAGAAUGCAAAUAAUGAAAGACCACACUUUCUCUUCUCUAAUUCGUCUCAACAUCGGAGGGAAGAAAUUUUGCACCACAAUUGAUACAUUAACGCAGGGUGAGCCUGAUUCCAUGCUUGCUGCUAUGUUCAGAGGAAGACUCAUGGUGUCUGAGGAUCCUGAUAAGGGAUACGUUUUCAUUGAUAGGGACGGGAAACACUUCCGGCAUAUUUUGAAUUGGUUGAGGGAUGGUGUGGUUCCCACACUAACUGAUGCUGGAUAUUCAGAGCUUAUGCGAGAGGCAGAAUACUACCAGCUUCUUGGGCUCUUGGAGGGAAUCAAUUCUGUUCUGAAUAAGAGGAAGGAAGGUAAUGAGUUGGAUGCUGAAUUGACACGGGCAGAUAUCAUCAAAUGUAUACAGUAUAAGAAAGUGAAAUUUCGAGGAAUUAGUUUUUCUGGCCUUGAUCUCUCCAAACUGGACCUCUCAUAUGUUGACUUUAGCUAUGCAUCUCUUCAAAAUGUGCUCUUCUCACGUGCAAACCUACUUUGUGCAAAAUUCCGGGAUGUGGAUGCCGAGGGUUCCAUAUUCCACAAUGCAACUUUGCGGGAGUGUGAAUUUACUGGUGCAAAUCUCCGAGGAGCUUCUUUAGCAGGUGCCAACCUUCAGAGUGCAACCCUACAAGAUGCUUGUUUGGUUGAUUGCAAUUUCCGCGGAGCAAAUCUGCGUUCUGCACACUUACAGACUGCUGAUCUCACUAAUGCCAACUUUGAAGGAGCUAAUCUAGAAGGAGCCAAUCUGAAGGGUGCAAAAUUGAAUAAUGCCAAUCUAAAGGGUGCAAAUCUUCAACGGGCUUAUCUACGACAUGUCAAUCUUCAAAAUGCACAUUUGGAAGAUGCAAAGCUUGAUGGUGCCAAUUUGCUAGGAGCAAUUCGAUAAAACUGGCGGGAGAUUGUUGUGUCCAGAAUACAUGUAUAUAUUCUCAUUUGUGAGUAACCUGUUUCAUUUCCGUCCCAUUUUCUACAGAUUGGAUGUCUGUGAUAAGUAAUUUAUGUGCAAUUUGUGGAUAGUUUGACAAACUGACUUUGAAAGACAACAUAAAACAUGGCUUAGAUACGAGGUUUCUCUCUUGGUUAUUAUCUUCCGGGAACCUCUGCUGCCUUAAUGGCCGUUGUUAAUAGAAGUGCACCCCCAGUUAAAAAUCAAA